GCUGCGGGUCCAGCUCUUCUCGUCGCUCGUCAUCCGCGAACAAGAGGAAGUGAACAGGAACAAUAACAGCCGACACACCGGAGACCACAAAGAGGGCAGGCAGCAGUGUUAUCUGUGACGGCAGCGAUGGAGGAGUAUAACUCUGGAGAGGAGGUCGGCUUUAAUCCCGAUGAGAUCAGUGUCUCGGUAAAAGAGUGCGUUGAAGGCGUCAUCGGUGGAACAGAUUAUAACCAGAGUAAAGUCAACCAGUGGACGGCCAGUAUAGUGGAGCAUUCACUCACUCACCUGGUGAAACAAGGUCGGGCGUUCAAAUACAUAGUGAACUGUACGAUCAUGCAGAAGAGCGGCGCUGGGCUCCACACAGCCAACUCCUGCUACUGGGACACAGCCACUGAUGGGAGCUGUACUGUCAGGUGGGAGAACCGCACCAUGUACUGUGUGGUCAGUGUGUUUGCUGUAGCUGUGGCGCUGUGACAGCCCUGCGCCCACCUCUCCAUCUUCGAACACUGUCAUGUCUCAAACUUUGCUUGAAUGACACUGAAGAUCCUCUGAUUAUAUACCCUCUGAUAGACGCUGACCUACAAGUAUCUAUUUCUCCCUGCAGGCAGGAACAACAGUUUUGGUUUGUGAGUUGGCAGCCUGUGAAUACGUGCAGGUCUGACAGUGACAACAUGUUGUUUGGUCUGGACUGGAGUCAUGAUCUGCAAACAGACCUGUUUGGAAAGUACUUUUCAAACAUGCUCAGGUGUUUUCUUUGGCCCAGAAGUACCACAUGUUGACUGUAUUUUUUUUUUCCUGUUGUGUAAAAACAGAUGACUGCUCUUUGUGUGCAGCAGGAAGUUUACAUUUGUGUUUUUGACUGAAAUAUCUGAACAUUCAUUGGAUUGUUUCUUAUUAAAUUUAGCACUGAUAUUCAUCCCUCAGGAAAAACUAUUUUAAUUUUUAAUUUUAAUUGAUGACAUUCCUUCAGUCUCAACUGUGCUUUGUGCUGCUAAUUAGAAAAUGUUAGCAUGUUUGCAACUUUGUCUCCUUCACUAUGUUCCCUUAAUAGAAACUGAACUAUGACUACAAGAAGCUUUGUAUGUUAGAGAAGCUCUGUUUAAGUAAUCACUACAGUAUACUGUAUUUCUACUAGUCUAUAUUAAUAUUUUAAUAAGUUAUUGAAAUGUUUAGACAAAACAACAGUGUUUUUCCUGUGAUGCAUUUAAUGGUCAGUCCCUGUAACCAGGAUUUUUUUUCUUUUCUUUUUUUUUUUAAGAUCUUCUGUAUUACUGUUGAGUUCAAGACUGUUUUUGUUGAAUUUUGUCCAAUAAAGUCCUUAAAGAUGUUCCACUGUGUGUUUUCAUGAGCACUGAUAAAGAAGCUGAAGGCCAACACCUUUGGAUGAGAGGAUGGAUUUAACCAGUGUUGGAGUACAGCGUACUUGGUUUUUCACUCUAGUUUCUGGUCUCUUCAUAGCACCACAUUUGCUUAAACUUGCCUUCAACUCAGUGUAGCAUAUUUUUGUAUACCACUUGGAGCAUUGUGUAUGCAUUUCUGGCACUGCUCUGGAGUGAUUCAGAGCGUACCUGGCUCAGAGAACUUUUCAUAUUAGUCAUGUGGGGUUCCACAGGGCUCAAUACUUGGGCCUCUGCUAUUGGGAAGGAUGACUGCUUUAUUCAAAUUUGAAUUGAGUGUCUUGAGAAACUAAAAGCUUGCAUGGCUCUAAAUCUUAAGCCUAAGUCUUAAAUUUUAAGAGGUGAUUGUUUUUGUUUCUGAUGUCACCGGUGGGACUUACCCUAUGGCACAGUAUGGAUAGCCUACUGUCACAAACUUUUGUUUUAGGAUGGACAGCGGCUUUAGACCGGAUGGUCAGAUCAGUGCAGUGGUGAAAUCCAGCU